AUGGUUAAUGAAUCUAAUAAGAACAAUAAUUAUAAUUCUUCUAAUAAAUCCAUCACCCUUGAUUCGAAAACAAGCAAUGUCGAUGCUGCUACAAUGACGGGCAAACACAACAAUGCCGAUUUGAAACAUAAUAACUCAGGCAUCACCAACAAUCCUGCUGCCAAAAACAACAAUUCUGACAUGAAACAUAACACUAGUGAUCUGAAAAGCAUCUCUGAUUCGAAAACAAAUAACGUAGAUGCUUUUUUGUCUCAGGUGUACAAGAGUGGACCACUAUUUCUUUCAUCAAAAGGAAUUGGCUGGACCUCUUGGAAGAAAAGAUGGUUCGUUCUGACACAAACAUCGUUGGUUUUCUUUCGCAGUGAUCCCAAUGCUGCUUCUCAAAGGGGAGGGGAGGUGAAUCUGGCCCUUGGUGGCAUAGACCUCAACAGUUCAGGCAGUCUGGUGGUUAAACCGGAUAAGAAACUCUUGACGGUUAUGUUUCCAGAUGGUCGUGAUGGGAGAGCGUUUACUUUGAAGGCAGAAACUACAGAGGAUAUAAAUGAGUGGAAGGCUGCAUUGGAGGAAGCUUUGGCAAAUGCACCAAGCGCUAGCCAGACAACGGGCCAAAGCGGAACAUUGAAAAAUGAAAAUGGUGAUACGGCAGAUGCUUCUUCUGAAAAUUCAAAAGAUCGAACCCUGGGGAACUUGAAGGUUCUCGGUCGUCCAAUUUUACUUGCAUUGGAAGAUAUAGACGGAACCCCAUCUUUCCUGGAGAAAGCCCUUGAAUAUGUUGAAGAUCACGGAGUGCAAGUCGAGGGCAUCUUGAGGCAGGCUGCAGAUGUUGAAGAUGUCGAACGACGAAUCCAAGAAUACGAACAGGGAAAGGUGGAAUUUACAAAGGAAGAGGAUGCACAUGUUAUAGGAGACUGUAUCAAGUAUGUUCUUAGGGAACUACCAUCAUCCCCAGUUCCAGCAUCUUGUUGCAACGCAUUGCUGGAUGCAUAUCGAACUGAUCGCUCCACAAGGGUCAGUGCCAUGCGGGCAGCUAUAUGUGACACAUUCCCUGAACCAAAUCGCCGUUUGUUGCAGAGAAUGUUAAUAAUGAUGGAAACAGUAGCUGAUAACAAGAAUGUGAACAGAAUGAGUGUUUCAGCUGUCGCUGCUUGCAUGGCACCACUACUUCUUCGACCCCUUUUGGCUGGUGAAUGUAAUCUCGAUAGUCAGUUUAAUAUGGGUGGUGAUGGAUCUGCUCAACUUAUGCAAGCUGCUGCAGCUGCUAAUCAUGCUCAAGCCAUUAUCAUCACCCUGUUAGAAGAAUAUGAUAACAUAUUCGGGGAAGGUGAUAUGUUAAGUGAUCUAUACUCUAACUCCGAAGAACUUGGAAGUGAGAGUGAAGAGCUUAGUGAAUACGAAGAUUAUUCUUCCGAGGGUUCUAAUGAAGAUUCUGAUCAUGCAUCAACCUCUAGUCAGAGUGGUGGUGAUGGAGACAGCUAUAUGAAAAACGUGAAGAAACCUGGUCCCGUUAGAUCACGUACCAUUGCCCACAAGGCAACUGAUGAUAAGACAGCCAGUAAAAAGUUACUUUCAUGUUCUCAUGUCAGAUCGGUAAGCCAAGUUACUGAGAAUGUUUCAAAUCAAAUAUUUGACGAUUCAACAACAAAAGUAUUUGAGAAUGUGCGGCGGUCUGAAGAUGAUAAAAUACAAGGGAGUAAAAGCAGAGAGUUAACCGAUAACAGCCAGCGAUCUUCAACUACUGCGGAUUCACAGAGUGCUAUUCAACACACUAUUUCCCAACAAACGGAUGCAAUGACAAACUUAUCAAGCGUCGACAAAGAAGAGGCUGGAGUCGUAAGUUCUGAGGUCACUAAUGAGGAAGCAAAAGCAAAAGCUGAAGCGGAGGACUUGUUGAACACAAAGAAAGCUCUAGAGACACAGCGUGUCCAGCUCGAGCAAGAUGUUGCAAGAUUAAAGGAACAGCUGCGAAAGGAGUUAGAGUUGAGGAGAAAACUUGAGACCGGAAUUAAGAUAUCUCAACAAGCCUUAUUUACACAGUUUUCUACUAUCAAUAAGGCUGAGAGUGAUAGCUCGAAUCAGAAAACUAAUGAUCUUGAAGUGCAAUUUAUAAAUCAAGAAAAUGGAAAAGAUUAUAAUGAUACUACAUCUCAGGAUAGUAAGGAUAAUCAUCAGUUGCAUUCCUUUUCUAGUAGAUUACCUCCACACCAUCAGCUUGAUCCAUCUCGCAGUUCCAAGGAGAAAUGUUCGAGCAAAGAGGGUGAUGACAAACAUAACUUGCAAACUCAUUCUGCGAAAUUACCUUCAAGUGAGCAGUGUGGUCCAACCAAGGAUAUGAAAAAGUCUUCUUCAAGCAGACCUAAAAGGUUGAACUCAAAGAAUGAGACAGUCGGAACAAACUCAGCAAUGUCAAAAAUAACAAAUGGACUCAACUUUUUGAAAGAAAAAAGCAACCAACUAGCAGAUGAGCUGCAGGUGAUGAAUAGAGAUCGAAAUAAAAGUCUGUCCCAUAAACACGUCCAAAAAGGCUCACAAGAGGAAUUUGAUAUCCAAUCAUCUGCAAAAGAAAGUCAUCCCCAACAUUUGGAUUCACAUACUGAUGACCAAUCAACAAAUGUUGACAGAGAGAAAUCUGAAAGCUUAGCAACAGACGACCAACAUGACGUCGAUCAACAACAGAGAUGAUGUGUGAGCCCGGUCUUCGUGUUUAUUGUUUGCAUAUAUGUCAUAUUAUUCACUAAAAAUAUGUAUUCUACUUAAUGUAAGGUGUGUAUUAUAUAGGCUAUAACUCGUAACUUUUGACUCGACUAAUUAUAGUCUAAGUUUGUCGUAA